AUGUUAAGACAACCUGUUCGCGGCGUGCGUGCGCCUUUGCGGGCCUUCAGCCAGCCAGCUCAACAGGCAGCCUGGAAUGGCGCAUGGACGAGACUCUUUACAUCACAGUCGCAAAACAAGACCGCGCGGCAGCUUUUGAGAUGGAAGGCCAUCCCUUGGGAUAGUGUAAUGGCCAGGCUGAGGAGCGCUCGCUUCGGGAUCGGUUCUACAACAACACCAGGCAUGCUCCAAGGCGCCUUAAGGCGUGGAUUUCGAUUUACCACAAAGCGAAAGACAAACAAGAAGCCGACCAUUGGCGAGGCCGAGGAACCAAAAGGCCUCACCGCCAAACUCAAGAAGCUUACAAAGGAAUACGGCUGGGUGACCGUUGGCGUUUACCUCGGGCUGACCGUUCUCGACUUCCCAUUCUGCUUCCUGUUUGUUAGAAUGGUCGGUGCUGAUAAAAUCGGCGAGGUCGAACAUCGUGUGAUGUCGUCAAUCAAGCAGAUGAUCCCCGAUACUGUUCGGGAGGCCUGGCACACCUACUGGCAGUCGUUCAAGAAGGCUGAGGCGAGAGCACUUGGCGAUGACGAUAUCAGUGACAAGAUGGAGAUGGCCACAUGGGGUGUCGAGAAGGCUGAGGAACGCAAUCGUACCGAUGCUAGUUUAGCAACUCAGCUGGCGCUGGCGUACGCCAUUCACAAGAGCUUUAUCUUCAUUCGAGUGCCAUUAACGGCCGCCCUAACACCCAAGGUUGUUAAGAUCCUUCGAUCAUGGGGCUAUAAGAUCGGAAAGAAGAAGGCUUAG